AGGACGCUCCCUCUUACUUCUGAGGACCCAGAACUAGCAUGUCGCUGUGGUCCGUCUGACAACAUUAGCUAACAGGCUAACUCCGCGGCUCGGCCAGUAAAUAAAGACAGACAGCAGUUAAAAAAUGGCAGAAGUCAAAGUGAAGAAGGAGACGAAUCUUUCAGAUGCCACGGAGGUUGAGAACAGGAUCAAGCAGCUGUGUCAGCAGUUCCCUCACGGUAUCACCGACCAGGUGAUUCAGAACGACAUGCCUCAGCUGGAGCCUCAGCAGAGAGCCAUGGCCAUCAACAAGCUGCUGUCACUGGGUCAGCUGGACCUGCUGAGGAACAGCUCGGGUCUCCUGUACAGGAUGAAAGAUGUGCAGAGCGCCAGUAAGAUGAAAGGCUCAGACAACCAGGAGAAACUGGUGUAUCAGGUCAUCGAGGACGCAGGAAACAAAGGGAUCUGGAGCAGAGACAUCCGCUUUAAGAGCAACCUUCCUCUGACUGAGAUCAACAAGAUCCUCAAGAACCUGGAGAGCAAGAAACUCAUCAAAGCUGUCAAAUCUGUCGCUGCGUCUAAGAAGAAGGUGUACAUGCUGUAUAACCUGUGUGUGUGUUGUGUUCAGGCGUCUAAGAAGAAGGUGUACAUGCUGUAUAACCUACAGCCGGACCGCUCGGUGACGGGCGGCGCCUGGUACAGCGACCAGGACUUUGAGUCCGAGUUUGUAGAAGUUCUCAACCAGCAGUGCUUCAAGUUCCUGCAGAGCAAGGCUGAAGUAGCGCGGGACAGCAAACAGAGUCCGAUGGUUCAGAGGAACAGCUCCUUCGCCACCUCGCACGAAGUCUGGAAGUACAUCAGUGAGCUGGGGAUCAGCAAGGUGGAUCUGUCGAUGGACGACAUCGAGACCAUCCUGAACACGCUGAUCUACGACGGGAAGGUGGAGAUGACUGUCAUCGCCGCCAAGGAGGGAACAGUGGGCAGCGUGGACGGACAGAUGAAGCUCUACCGCGGCGUCAACCCCGUCAUCCAACCCACCGGCCUGGUCCGGACGCCCUGCGGACUCUGCCCGGUGUUUGAUGACUGUCACGAAGGCGGAGAGAUCUCUCCGUCUAACUGCAUCUACAUGACGGAGUGGCUGGACUUCUGACAGCCGCUCGUCUCUUUCUCUGUGAGGAAACUUUCUUUUUAUUUUUCCCAGCGAUCUGUGAUCCACGGCAGUUUAUUUUCUAUUUAUCACAAACGUUCAAUAAAACCACAAAUGUCUAAA